CGCGCAAUAUCGUUAACGGUCUAUAUAACAUGACGGCCGGUCAUGCAUAGCGAGGAGUUUCCCAUUCUGUUUUUCCACCAAGGUUUUCGACUUUAAGCAAGCAUGAUUCCCCCUGUCGCCUUGACUUUUCGUUCGCGUCCAUUGUUCUCUUCUUACCUUUUACUCUUUAUACCGGCGCAACAUGAGGCUCAACGAUAUAUGAUGCUUGUAGAUCCAUGGAAGGGUACACAGAUGGUACCAAUAUACCAAGGCUUAAGGACAUGGGCUGGUUUGGCGAUACCCCGUUCCCAGAUGUUCAACGAUAGUUCAUAUACACGAGAUAGGACCAAGGAUACGACAACGAAUCUCCUUGGACAUGACAUAUUUCUGGGCUGGCAUCUGAUGUUUACAUAUCAUAUAGCGUAGAUCUUGCGGCCAGAUAUUAACCUUUGAAUGAAAACCUGCAUGAAAAAUUAAGUACUUUG